GCAUAGGAAAAACUUUCUUCAUUUCAACGCAAGUCAAAGUCGUGUCGUGUCGUGAUCCGCUGCCGCCGUCGCAUAGCUGGUAGUGAACUUGAGCAGAAACUACAACAACAACCACAACAACAACAACUGUUGCUAUUAUUUCAAUUGUUAACGAGCGAAAGCGCCGUAGUCACGCACACGUCGUUGGAUCAGCAGCAGCAGCAGCAGCCAGAGCCAGAGCUACAGCCAGACAGCAGCAGCAGCAGCAGGCAGCAGGAAAGUGCAGUCGACAGUGAAAAUGUACCAGCCCCAGAGACAAACAAGGCCCCAGGCCCAGUGCCAGAGUCAGCUCCAUCCCCAGUUAAGGCUUAAGCGCCAGCUGUUUGGCGCACUGCUUGCCAUGUUAAUGUUGACGGCAUCCACCGCUAAUGGCGCCGUCACAGACUCACCCAUUAAGAUCAUCAAGCUGCCCGCACAGGCGCCUGUCAUACGUUACCGCAGUGCCGAUGCCGCGCCGGACUCGCUGCUGAUCAACUACCGCCAGGAUGCGCAGCCGGAGCUGUCGUCCACGCUGAUGCAGGCACCAGGAGCAGCGGCCGCCGCUCUCGAGAGUCUGCUGCGCGAGGAGACCGAACAGCUGCAGCAGGCGCAAAUGGGCAGACAGAAUCGUGCCAGCAGCUCCAACAACAGCUGCCCGCGGUCGUGUCCGCCCAGUCUGACGGUCGGUGCAGAGCCGGUGUGUGGCAGCGAUGGAUUGAUCUACGCGAACAUUUGCGAACUGCGCAAGAAGACGUGCACACGGAAUGGCCUGUCGCUGGUGAAGGAUGAGCGGGAGGGCUGUGAGCGGUCCAAGGGCUCCGAGUGCAAGCAUCGCUGCAGCACGGAGAAGGAUCCCGUGUGUGGCACCGACGGGCGCACCUAUCUGAAUCGCUGCAUGCUGCGCGUGCAGUCCUGCCGCGUGGGACUGGCCGCCGUCAAGAUCUCGCAUGUGGGUCCCUGCAGCAACACGAGCGCCAUACGGGAAUCCUGUCCCGUGGACUGCAACAGCGCACCCAAGGAUGGGCCCAUCUGUGCCUCCGAUGGGAAUGUGUACAACUCCACGUGCGAGAUGAAGCUGCACACGUGCGGCCAGGGUGUGGUGAAGACCAGCCGCAAGCACUGCCAGUCGACGCGGAUGUGCCGCGAGUCAUGCUGGCGCGUGGCCAGACCCACCUGCGGCUCCGACGGACGUCUCUAUGCCAGCCUCUGCAAGAUGCGCUCCUCCAACUGCGGCAAGCAUGUGUUCGAGGUGCCACUCUCCUUCUGCAUGACCCAGGAGCGGCACGGCAAUGCAGCGGACGCCUGUCCCACCGAUUGCCCCAAGACCUCGGCGGACUCGCCCUCGCAGUAUGUGUGCGGCAGCGAUGGCAACAUCUACUCCUCCCUGUGCGAGCUGAAGAUGCUCAACUGCGGGCCACAGCGCAAGUCCAUUCAAAAGAUGAGCAUGGACAAGUGCAAGAAUCGCCUGAUUCGCUGCAAGCAGCUGCCGCCCUGCAAGGACUUUAACAAUCUCUUUGGCUCCAUCUUCAGCUCCAGGCGGAACGACAAGCUGUGCGGCACAGACGCCAAGACCUACAACAACGAAUGCGAGCUGGCCCAUGCCACCUGCCUACGCGGCGUUAAUCUGGCGCACAUUGGUCCCUGCACGGAUCUGAAUACGCCCAGCAAGGAUUGCGGUGAUGCCUGCACGCGUGCGGACCUCGUGCAGCAGCCGGUGUGCGGCUCCGAUGGCAACACCUUUGCCUCGCUGUGCGAGUUCAAGCGACGCACCUGCCACAUGCGCGUGGUGGCCGUUUCGCUGAAGAACUGCGCCCUGACCGCCGACUGUGACUCGGAUUGCGAUGCACAGCCACCGAAUUUCGUGUGCGGAUCGGACAACAGGUUCUACAAGUCCGAGUGUCACAUGCGCAAGGAGAACUGCGGCAAGCAUGUGUUUGUGGUGCCCCUGAAGCGCUGCCUGGCCGCCUUCCAGUUCAAGGGAUGUGCACGCAUCUGUCCGAGGGAGUUCGAGCCCGUGUGCGGCAGCGACAAUAAGACAUAUUUGAACGACUGCUUCCUGGACAUUGAGAAUUGUCGCACCAAUAGCACGGUGGAUGUGCAGCACUAUGGCGCCUGUGGACGCCCCGAGGCGCCCUCCACUAAUUUCCUGUAUUAGCCGGAGCAACGUGACGCCUUCGAGUUUCACUUGGCAUUUAAUAUUUGUAGGCUAUAGUCUUGUAUUGUAUUUUUUUAAAGCGAUAUUUAUUGAGUUUUGCAUUAAAACCCCCGAACGAACUUA